UCCUCGGGCUGGAGAAGUCUCCUCCUCACCCUUACCCUCCUGCCUGCUCUUCCUCCCACGGAAACCAAGGGGAAAGCGGUAAAAAAAAUAUCUUCAGCGACUCCCGCCUCCGGGCUGUGGGCUCUCUCAGCUGCUGGGUUCUCCUUCCCUGCUUUUUUCUUGGAUGCAGCUCGAUGGUAAUCUGAACGAAGCAACAUGAGGCUGCGAGACUUUCUACUCACUUUGCUGCUCCCGGCCGGCUUCCUGGGGGGGGGGUCAUACGCUCAGCAGCGUGUGAGCGCAAUCUCCACACGAGUCUCAAGUGCAGAAGACUGCCCUGUGGACCUGUUCUUUGUCCUGGACACCUCGGAGAGCGUCGCCCUGAGGGUGAAGCCCUUUGGGGACCUGGUUACCCAAGUGAAAGAUUUCACCAACCGGUUCAUUGAUAAGCUGACCAAUAGGUACUACCGCUGCGACCGCAACCUGGUGUGGAACGCGGGGGCUCUGCACUACAGCGAUGAGGUCGUGCUCAUCAAGAGCCUCACCCCGAUGCCCAGCGGCCAGAGCGAGCUGAAGAACCGCGUCUCGGCUGUGAACUACAUCGGGAAGGGCACCUACACCGACUGCGCCAUAAAGCGGGGCAUCGAGGAGCUGCUCAUCGGUGGUUCCCAUCACAAGGAGAAUAAAUACCUGAUUGUGGUGACUGAUGGACAUCCCUUGGAAGGUUACAAGGAGCCCUGUGGAGGCCUGGAUGAUGCUGCCAAUGAAGCCAAACAUUUGGGGAUCAAAGUGUUCUCUGUUGCCAUCUCUCCCAAUCACCUGGACCAGCGGCUCAACAUCAUCGCCACAGACCACGCCUACCGCCGCAACUUCACCGCCACCAGCCUGAAGCCAACCCGGGAGCUUGAUGUGGAGGAAACCAUCAACACCAUCAUCAACAUGAUUAAACUUAACACAGAGCAAUCGUGCUGCUCCUUUGAGUGCCAGCCUCCUCAAGGGCCCCCUGGACCACCUGGUGACCCAGGCCAUGAGGGAGAAAGAGGCAAGCCAGGUCUUCCUGGCCAGAAAGGAGAAGCUGGAAGCCCAGGCAAGCCAGGGGACAUGGGACCUGUUGGCUACCAAGGAAUGAAGGGUGACAAAGGAAGCCGAGGAGAAAAGGGCUCAAGAGGAGCCAAAGGAGCCAAGGGUGAGAAAGGCAGGCGUGGAAUCGAUGGCAUCGAUGGCAUGAAGGGUGAAGCUGGAUACCCUGGAUUACCUGGAUGCAAAGGCUCACCUGGAUUCGAUGGAGCUCAAGGCCCACCUGGACCGAAGGGAGAUCCUGGUGCUUAUGGACCCAAGGGAGGAAAGGGGGAGCCUGGGAAUGACGGAAAACCUGGCCGACAGGGGAUUCCCGGCAGCCCUGGAGAGAAGGGCGCUAGAGGGAACCAAGGUGAGCCUGGACCAGUAGGAGAGACUGGUGAUGAGGGUGCUCCAGGUCCAGAUGGUCCUCCAGGAGAACGGGGCAGCAAUGGAGAAAGAGGAGCACCAGGCUCGCCGGGUGACCGCGGGCUGAGAGGAGAGCCGGGAGAGCCUGGACCACCUGGUGACCAAGGGCGAGAAGGACCCCUCGGACCACCUGGUGACCAGGGUGAACCUGGACCCCCAGGACCCAAAGGCUACAGGGGAGAUGACGGCCCCCGUGGCAACGAGGGCCCAAAGGGAUCACCUGGAGCACCUGGGCUGCCUGGAGAACCUGGUCUGAUGGGAGAAAGGGGAGAGGAUGGCCCUCCUGGGAAUGGCACAAUUGGAUUCAUAGGUGCCCCAGGGCAACCAGGAGACAGAGGUGACCCUGGCAUUAAUGGAACAAAAGGCUAUGUUGGACUUAAAGGUGAUGAAGGAGAAGCUGGAGAUCCUGGCAACGAUAACCCAAACCCUGGCCCCAGGGGCAUCAAAGGAGCGAAGGGCUACAGGGGACCUGAAGGUCUCCCGGGACCACCAGGACCUGUGGGGCCUCCGGGACCAGAUGAAUGUGAAAUCUUGGACAUCAUCAUGAAGAUGUGCUCUUGCUGUGAGUGCACCUGUGGUCCCGUCGACCUCCUCUUUGUGUUGGACAGCUCGGAGAGCAUUGGCCUGCAGAACUUCCAGAUUGCCAAGGACUUCAUCAUCAAAGUCAUCGACCGCCUGAGCAAGGACGAGCGGGUCAAGUUUGAACCCGGGGAGUCCCGUGUGGGCGUUGUGCAGUACAGCCAUGACAACACGCAGGAGCUGGUGGCCAUGGGGGAUGCCAACAUAGACAACAUCGGGGCGCUCAAACAGGCGGUCAAGAACCUGAACUGGAUAGCUGGGGGGACCUACACUGGAGAAGCCCUGCAGUUCACCAAGGACAACCUGCUGCGGAGGUUCACCUCUGACAAGCGCGUCGCCAUCGUCAUCACCGACGGACGCUCCGACACACUGCGGGACCCCACCCCACUCAACUCCCUGUGCGAUGUCACCCCGGUGGUUUCCCUUGGAAUAGGUGACAUCUUCCGGAACCCUCCAAAUCCAGAUCACCUGAAUGACAUUGCUUGUUUAAGCAGACCAACCAGGCCAGGACUGUCCAUUCAAAGGGACAAUUAUGCUGAGCUCCUGGAUGACACCUUCCUGCAGAACAUCACCUCAUACGUCUGCCAAGAGAAGAAAUGUCCUGACUACACCUGCCCAAUCACCUUCACCAGUCCAGCGGACAUCACACUGCUGGUGGACAGCUCCACCAGCGUGGGAAGCAAGAACUUUGAGACCACCAAGAAGUUCGUGAAGCGGCUGGCGGAGCGGUUCCUGGAGGCUGGCAAGCCCGCCGAUGACUCCGUGCGCGUCUCAGUGGUGCAGUACAGCAGCAGCAACCAGCAGAGAGUGGAAGCUCAGUUCCAACACAACUACACGGUCAUUGCCAAAGCCAUUGACAACAUGGAGUUCAUGAAUGACGCCACAGACGUCAAUGCUGCUCUGCAGUACAUCACGCUGAUGUACCAGCGGUCCGCCCGUGCCGGGGCCAAGAAGAGGGUGCUGGUGUUUUCUGACGGACACUCCCAAGGGAUCACUGCGAGUGCCAUUGAGAGAGCUGUGCAGGAAGCCCAGCGGGCUGGCAUUGAGAUCUAUGUGCUGGCAGUGGGCAGCCAAGCCAACGAGCCCAACAUCCGUGUCCUGGUCACGGGGAAGAGCGCAGAUUACGACGUGGUCUAUGGGGAGCGCCACCUCUUCCGUGUGCCCGACUAUACCUCUCUGCUGCGUGGCGUCUUCUACCAAACUGUCUCCAGGAAGAUAGCUGUUGACUGAGCAUAUGGGUGGGUUUCUGCCAAGGCCAUAGCGUCUUCUGUCUUGCCUAAAACAGGAAAACCAAAAAAAACCAAACCAAAACAAUACAAAAAGAAUUUAACAGUGUUUUUGACCAAUGGGAAGAAUUUGCAUCUAUGCAGAUAACCAUAAUGCCACAGCCUGGCUCUACAUAGUCCCCUUCCUUCUCCCCCUGCUUCAUCACCUGUGUCUCUUCUCUGUUAGCCUCAAACUUCCCUCACUGCCCAUGACUGCCCUCCCUCCCCAGAAGUACACCUAGCAAUAAGCCAUCAGAAAACAAAUACCAACCUCAUCCCACUGUGUCAAGAAAGAACCAAGAUGAGGAAUUUGUACCACUGAGAACUAGCUUGGUCUCUUGAGGCUUAUUAUGCUCUUUUCAUAUACUUUUUUUUUUAAUCGUUUUAAUUUCCUUCUCUGUUUCAUACAUCAGUUGAGCCAUUGCCCAUCUCACAAUGAUCCUAACCUAAUGCUGCGCUUCAAGUGAAUUAUUCACACUUAGCAAGCUUUGAGAGGGGAUCAUUGUCACAGCUGGCAAGUUUGGUUCGUAUCUCCCAUGCCUGAGGUGGAGGGAGGGCUGGACUGCAUUACCCAAGCUGUGUGGAAGCAUCUCUGGCCUCCAGUGCCAUGGGACGGGACACUGACUUCCCAGGGCUGGAGUAGAGGUGGGUGGUGGAGCAUUCCUUGGCACUGACACUCCUAUUCAGGGCAGGGAGCCUGGGCACCGACCAAAGGAAAGAUGGGCAGCAGCCAUUGGGGAGGGGGAAACCCCAAAAGAAGCAACAUAACUGCACAGAACUGAUCUCAUGGUUCUACAGUGAAACCAGGAACCUCAUGAAUAACCUGAUGACUUCUGUAAUGCUUCAAGUUCCAUUCUGGAAAAUCUCUCUGAGCCCAGUUAGUGGGAUUUUUUUUAAAUUUUUUUUUUUCCCCAAAAAGAUCCAAGCUGACUGACUCCCAGUGAGCAUUCAGAGAGUACUGUUUCUAUAGGACCACCUAGGAGUUAGGCACCUGGGCCUUAGGGAAACCCACUAACUGUACUAUAUAUUGAAUUAAGGCCUCAUCCUCAGCCCAGCAAAGUUAAGGGAAAGGCUGCCAUCAUCUCCCAGGGUCUUUGACUCACACCCUACAGAUAUACUGACAAAGGUGCUAUCACUUAUGUGGGUGAUGUGGACCCUUGGUGUUUACACAGUUGUUUCUAGGACCACACUUAAGAUGUGGUUUGGCUGGGUGAGAUUUUGUUUCAGUGCUUCCAUUGGUGCUCUUGCUAUGAAUUCAUGCACUUCCAAGAAAUCAACAGUGAUUGCCAGGUAUCAGCACCCCAAACUCUUCACUUUGUAUCCAAACCCCCAUUGUACAAGUUAGUUUUAUUUUAUACCUGUGUUUUACUAAAAUUGUCCACUUGGGAAAUUUGUCAAAUAAAUUGUUUUCCACAGUC